AUGGACCGAAAAUCCUGGUAUAGAGAUAUGUGGAAACUCUUAGAGAUCAUCAACACAGAGUCAAAGUCCACAGAGCAUAUCCAGAUUGAGGAGUGCAAUCCAAGAACAACGACAAUAACGCAGCAGAACUCCUUGCAAUCCACUUUGCUGUGCCUGCCACUCGAAAUUCUUGAAAUCAUAGCUUCCUACGCCAUAGGUGCCAACGGCAACCUCAUCCACAUAAAGCAGACCCGAACAGACUGCGUGACUCUACACGCCUUAGGCAAAGUCCACAGCCGCCAGAGGAUUCCCGGCUUCGGCAAGAACAAUCUAGGUCCAGUGCCUCUGCCAGGCCUUCGCCACGCCAUCUGUAAUGCACGUAAGACCGAGGAUGCCGCUUACGCCGAAGCAAUCAGCAACGCCGGAUGGGUGCACACACCGCAAUAUGAAAUCGAGAGGAACGCUACACGUCACUUGUACUGCGGCUGCUGCGGUGCAUACGACCCCACUGAUGUCACAGAAUUGGAAAAGCUCCACCUUGCGCUCUUUGCGAGCUGCCGGCAGUUGUAUCACCUAGGCAACACCACUCUGUAUGCCAAGAAUACUUUCUCUUUCGACGAUGCACUCUCCUUUGGUCAGUUCUUGGCCGGCCUGGACCCAAAACAACAGAAGAUGAUCAGAAGCUUGCAUUUGAGCAGACCGUCAGUCGACACUCCCAACCGCGCCAGCGACAGGUCUGCUUGGAUGAGCGCCCUGGAGCCGUCUUCCAUCCGUGCACUCGAAGGCCUCCGCACCGUUCACCUGUGUCUGGAAAUGAACAUCCACACCCACAAUUCGUGGUACGCACAAACGUCCUAUAAAGUCAUGGUCCUGGAGUCCAUUCUGGCAUCCUUUUUGCAGCUUCGCGUUUUACCGUUGACCAAAGCGACCGUGAUCAUCAGCGACGACGUCACCGCCUUCAACUCAACGACAGGGGGGAGCAGCCUUCAUGGGCGAUGGACGGUGGCCGAGAAGAACGAGUGGGCCGAGAAGACGCGCCUGAAGCUGCUGGAACCCUAUGUCGAGGGCACAGAGGUUUCUCUCGAUUCGAGGGAGGAGGCUAAGAAAGGCAUGACGAUGACGAAACGAUUCAAGAAAGUGUUUCAACGAGCGGGUGGAAGCAAGCUGGAGGACUAA